UCUACUCUUUAUUCAUUUUGGUGGCUGUUCUGGCGCGUAGCUCUCCCUGGGAGCUUUUGGGCGCGUUGACGCGAAGCGUGCAGAUCUAACAUUCUUGGCUGCUUGGUUACUAUAUAUAGCUUGAUUUAUUCUGACUUGAAGCAUUCCCAUUAAGUUAGAGCAGUCCGAAAGGGCUGGUACAUUAAAGGGAUUCGUGUAUAUCUUCAGCCUGAAGCGGGCCAGAAGCGGCACUUGCUGUUGAAACUCAUGGCUGUGUGAUACUGCUGGGUACAUUGAUAUAAAUUUAUUCAAUCAUUUGGUGUCUAUUUGCACAGCUGGAAGCACAGAAUAUUCAUUGGCCUCCCCUUUGCAACUGGGGCAGCAAUGAGUUCAUCAGAUGAUGAAAGCAGUGAGCAGUGUGCCAGCACCAGCCGGGGCAGCAAGAGGCGGCGCUCGAUGUCCAGCCACUCGUGCGGCCGGUGGCGGGUGGACACCGAGUCCCUCACCGAAGACAUGCUGGGCGAUGUGGGACUGUCGCUGAUGGACGACUCGAGCGGCCUGCCCACGCCGCCAGACAGCCAGGCGGGCACCACACCGGCGCUGAAGCCGCCAGCCGACGCUUACCUAGAUCCUUAUUCUGUGAUGGCCGAGAGCUACGUGCCCGAGGGCUUUCUAGUGUUUAAGCGACGAAACCGGGCAGGCGAUCGGCUUUAUGAUCCGUUCUGUCGCCUGUCGGACGAGAUCAUGCUCAAGAUAUUCGGCCUGCUGUCCAAGUCGAUGCUGGUGCGGUGCGGCCGCGUCUGCCGGCGCUGGCGGCAGCUGGCGUUCGACGAGACGCUGUGGCGGCCGCGGCGUCCGGCUACUGCGGCUUACCCGGGCGGAGAUAUCCACGCCUAUCUUCAGCGAACCUCUGAAUCGGCUGAAAGGCAUGCCCUUCGUCUCGAAGCUGGUGUUCCUGGACCUGAGCAUGGCUGUCGUCUCCUGCCGAAGGCAUUGAGGACCUUGAUGGCCGCCUGCCAGUCGCUGCAGAAGCUGAGCUUGGAGCGCUGCGACCUGACGGACCGCGGCUGCGCCAAUAUUGCCGCCAACACGGAGCUGACGGCCCUCAACUGCGCGCUCGCCACCGGCAUCACCGCCGUCGGGCUCGGACACAUACUGAACGGGUGCACCAGACUGGAGGAGUUGAACCUCGGGUGGACGGAGCUGUCGGCUGCCGCUCUGGCCAAGCUGGCCGCCUGCAUCCCGACCACCGUCACCAAGCUGAACAUCACCGGCUGCAAGGACGAACUGAAGGACUCGCACGUGCGCCAGCUUCUGCGGCGCGCUGGCAGCCGGCUGCGUGAGCUCGACCUGAGUGACGCCACCAGCAUCGGCCAGGGCGCCUUCGACGCCAUGAUGCAGUACCUGUCGGCCAUCGAGAACAUCGGCUUCAGCCGCUGCUACAACAUCCCGGCUAUGAACUGCGUCCAACUAGGGCAGCUCAGCACCCUGAAGAGGAUGGAAGUGUACAACUGCUUCAACGAGGCGGGCGUCGAGACGCUACGUCGAGCGCUGCCCAAGCUGCAGAUCAACACGCAGCCGUUCAGCGAGGUGGCUCGGCCGACCGUCGGUAACCGGCGCACCUCCAUCUGGGAGCAGCGCGUGCGCGACUGAGCGUCGCCAGCGCGCGGCGACCGCUGCCGGCCGACCCUCAGCGGGCGCCGCGUGGCGGCCGACUGUACAGCACGCAGCUCGUCUCAGCUGUGUAAAGCCGGGGCUGGCUCAUUGGUGACGGGGGACGUACUGCCGCAUGUUGCUCCUCCCGGCUGCAUUUUUCAGGGCGCCAGAAGGUAGCGCAGGUAACUCCAUGGUCCUAGACGGGUAAUUUCCUAAUAUUUCGGCACGCAAACAUUGUCUCUGACUGUGGCGUGAUGCUGGAUGCAGACGUGAGGCAAAAAGGUCGCUUGGGCGAGAGGACAGCACCGUCACUUCAUUGGUGCUUGGCACGAUUUUAGGUUGUCCACCGCAGUUUUCGAGCCCCGUUUGUUUGUGCCGUCUAUUUUCCUGCAGUUACUGGUCUGAUCGCCAUUUUGGCGUGCUUCUUCACUGGUUUUAACGGUGACAAUUUCCUUGCGCCUUGUCACCAGGUGUGUGGUCGUGGCAACGCGGUUUCCGUUUCAGUUUUGUUAAGGUGUUUUGUAUCUCUGUCCUUAGUGUGCCUCAUGAGCGGUCCCGAGGAUUUGGUUUUGAUUCAGUUAUUUCAUCAUUGGCGCCGCCUUCUAGGUUUUCGUGUGCAUGCCUACAUCGUCUUUCGGUGCCAACCAUUCCGAAUGAAUUUUGUGAUACCUUUUGUUGUGGUUAUUCCACGAAAGGCUGCAUUGCCAGAACUGAGUUCGCGGUGAAGUGCAUUGGUUGCAAGCCUUGGUCGGCGAUCGGCCAAGCGUAUCUUGUGAUAAACGUCCUGAACCCA